CCCCCACCAAGACAACACCGGCCCCAAACUACCACUCUUCAUCCACAAUAAGCCUCCCACAUUGUCCGCACAAAGCCAAUCACGAUGUAUAAAGCCUGCACCAUAACGACCAAUCUCCCUCAGAAAAUGGCAGCAACUGCUCCAGUUGAGGUAGGCGCCCGUGGAACUGUUGGAUCCUUGGUGUUGCAGGAAAUUGAGUACUUCAGCAGACUUGAGCUGGACCACCGUAGAAGCCCUAAGAAGAAACCUCAGAUACGGAUGACAGAUAGAGGCUCCACUGGUACCAGUUCCAGACCAAAGUUCAGCUUCCUGAUCAUGACUUCCAGAAAGAAGAAGAGUGUAAGCAGCACGUUCCUACCAAGCAUCUGCUCUAUGGUGGAAGUUGCAGAUACCAAUCGGCCAAAUGGGAUUCCUGGGUUCAGUUAUAAAAACCUGAAAACUGAUGUAUAG